AUGACCCUUAAAAUACAGAGCGUCCUAGUAACCAUUGAACCCUGGCGACGCUGUUAUGUAUUUAAGUACCCUUUUUGGGCCGCGCAGUCGGUUUCUUCGUUCUUGUUUUACAGCUUUAGGCUAGUAGACUGCUAAAAAAAAGAUGAAGAUCUUUUCAAACCAAUGUGGAUUUAUUGUUUACUAGUUCCUAAAAAAAAAUGGUGGCUGUCGCAUGAAAGUAGGCUUUACUCUAUUCAUCAAGGGUUACCGUAGAGGUUGGAGAUUUGCCCGUGCACUACUUCUGAUUCAGAAGAUAGAAGAUGACUUCUUCAAGGUCAACAAAAAUGAUGAAGUAGGCUCAUCACUGCUGGUGUAAGAUAAUUUGUUGUUCCACACGUUUCAAGACUCGAGGUCAAUUUAUUUGAGAUUUUGACUUUCAUGAAUCACUUUGUACGUCGACGCAUUGUUCUGCAACGAGCCAUCCUACUCCAGUUCCAAUCUAUCCACAGAAGAUAUUAAAGAAACAACUACCACUUACUCGCUAAGUAACGUCCUCCUCGUCCAUCAAUUUGAUCAAUUUUGAUAAUUUUUUCUCAUCACUCACUCAGUGGUCGUAAUUGAUAUAUGUCUCUAGUUUUUUCUUUAAUAUCGGAUCACUAGCAGAGAAAAAUGGCGCCCGUUUUGGAAAAUGACGAGGCCAACAAAGGUGCAUGCGGCGAGAAGAGGUUGCGCACUGCAGAUCGUGCCCUAUGUCGUCGCGUGCCAAACGACGUCACUUUAGGGUCAGAGCCUUGUGAGCUUUUGCGCGUGCUACAUCGUGGGUUUCGUGACCAGCUCUCACUUGUCGAGCAGGCGGAAUCUUCCCAAGCACAAAGUAGUGCUCAGCCACCACAUGACGGAGGCGGAGCAGAUCACGUGGUCGAUGCUGGGAGCAGAAGUAAUGGUGAAGGAGCAGAAGCAGUAAUGAUGCAGGAAGACGAGAGGAGCAUCACACUCACAGCAGGGCUGAGGCUGACAAACAAUGCCGACGAGGAGGACGUGGGCAUGAGCACCGAAGAGCCGACCCUGCAAUCCAUGCUCGACCGCUUUCAGAACACCUCAAGGAACAAUGGCACCUCCGCGUCUUCGAAUUUUGUGCGCAGCACGUCCCUUCGCAAGGCCGACAUCGUUCUAGCCGGGAAAUGGGAAACAAUCUCCCUUUCCACAGAGCCUCCGUUUGAAUUGCGUGUCGGCAGUUCUGGUGGAGCACCUAACUCUGGAGCACCUUCGACGACAUCCUCUUCCUCUGCUGCCGUUGUGCCUCUACCACCAACAGCCGAAGCGAAUACAAAAAGUGACGCAGGAGCCACGAAAGGCCCUACCACGAGUAGCACAGCUUCCUCCACUGAAACUGAUGCUGAACAGGGUGAGGGACCACGACCACAACGGGUAGGUGAACGUGAAAUCAGCCAAAGCGAUCUGCAAAACUUCGACUACAGAGUCCGCCUGGACUCAAUUCCGAUUUUCUCGUACAAGGCAGCCAAACAUGGACAAAUGGUGCGAUAUCGCGGACUUAUCUUCAAUGUGGUCGGUGAGAGAGAGAUCUAUCCGGCAUUCUCCCUCGUCGCGGCAGAGGCUGUCACUCCGUCAGAGGAGCUUCGAUGCGAAAGGUAUCUAUGACGAGACAAAGGAGCCUGUUGUUGUUUAUUAUGGUACCGUAAUAUCUAUGACACAUACGUACCUUUGUGUUUGUGGUCGACAAGCAAGGCUGGCAGAAGAGUUUAUCUUUCUUGUAUCUAUAUUACAGGAAGGUCAACAAUGCAGCUAGGGUCAGUAGAAAACAGUUUAAGUUUCUCUUUGUUUCCCCCGUUGAAGUACAUAAUAUGUUGAUGAAUACAGCGAAAAUGUAGCGGGUGCUGGGAGUGAUCGGCUCCUAGAACAGCAACAUCUUGACUAUCCUCAAUCUACACUGGAGAAGGAAGUCAAUUAUACUUCUCCUCACAGGAUCGCGCAUGUUUACAAGUACACCGACGACGCGCCGCUUCACACGGAUCCGACUUUGCCCGAUCCCCCUGUUUUUUGGGACCGAAGUGUCGCAGAGGCCAUACAAGUACCCUACGAGUCGUCGUGGGUAGAAGCCGGCAUGCCCCAACCGAGUCUGAAGCGACGACGCGAUGAAGAGGGGUCUAGUGAGGAAAUGGCAGUGGAGAACGCCUCCACCAUCGAAGCCGAACAACAGACCUUGACGGCUGACUCGUCAGAGGCGUGUAAUAUAGUGAACGAGGCAGCGCGUCGUCAACAGAAGGUGGCACUGGUGUUUGAAGGCGACCUCGAGGUCGAGAGGGAGUCUGGCGCCAAAAUUCAUGACGUUGUCGAUGUAGUAGCGAUUACCUCUCUCGUGCAUCCGGAGGCACCGCGAUUGCACGUGGUGAAAGUGGUGCAACGCAAUCAGCCGCUGCCGAUGGACUACGGUAUUUUUGUGCUAGCUUUCCGAUAAAGUUGAAGGAAGAUGAGUCGUCCCAUCCAAUUCAUACUGGUGAUAAAAAUUAAAAUUUUGUCGAGUAACGGCCAGUCACUCCUCCUCAUACUUAGUCUUACCUCCGGUUCUCCCUUCCCAACUAGAACCACACACACACACAUACACACACAGUGUCCCGCCAUUUUUCGUCAUGCUCCGCCUAUGAAUUACCUCAAUUACGAGAACACACACUGUCGCAUUUGCGCUCCACGCUUCCUGUCAGUAUGAGUGGCGAUUCCUUGGUCAUGGAGUACCUCAUGAUGGCUCUCUGCGCAAAAAAGUAUUGUUUCCAGGAGGAUGCGAUUCUUGGCCUCACUCCGCUGAAUUUCUUAGGCCGCAGCUCGACAGAAGUGGCACAAACAUCUCGGGCACUACGGGAAAUCCACCCUUACAUUUUCGCCCUGGACGCGAGCCUCGAGGGGCUACGCGGAGCUGCUUUUCGGUACGUAUGGUUUUAUGGAGAAGGCUCAAGUAACUACUUCUGAUUUUAAAAUGGUUUCAUCGAUCUGAGUGACUAGGACUACAGUUGGCCAUCGGCUCCAUGAAGAUGAACUUGAAAACCCAAAAUGAAAAUCUAUUAUUUUCAACAUACAAGGAAUCGUCCUUUUUGCACGAUUUCUCUUCAGGGGCCAUAAAGAUCCGGACACGGAAGUGAUGACCCCGGGACAGCUGGAGCUCGCAAGUGGCUCUGUCUUGCUAGUGGAUGAGACGGAGUUGACCUGUGGAGAACUGAAAGACGAAUCUGUCAUGAAUGCAGCGGUGCUCACCGCUGUUCUGCAAACGCAGAAAGUGCCGAUUUCUUUCGGGUUCUACGAGCUGGAGUACGCGUGUGAAGUGCAAGGGAUCGUCUUCGGUGGAAAAGGUUCCUCAGUCUAUCUACCGGAUGGUAGGGUCAUGGCUGUCCCAGACGCGUCGUUCAAGGGGAGCGACGCGAUGAAGUUCGCAAACGCAAAGCUAGACGAAGAACAAGAUUCUAAAACUCGAAGUUGUAAGGAUGACAAGAGCGCUCCAAAGUCAACAACUACAACAACAACAACUACAGAAGUUUAUCUUGGAAACGAGAAAGUAACAACAGCAUCAUCUUCAGUUUCCGCAAGCGUUGCAAAAACCACGACUGGGGAUCAUCAACUCCUGCAAUCGGGUGAAGAAAAUGUGCGUCACCUAGCGCGUUUUUACCUCCACCGAGUGCAGGAGUUACAGACAAAAGCGAUAGCCGGUGACUCUGACCAGUUCGCGCUGUCGACAGACGUCAACGAUGAGAUUGCUAAUGCAUAUAGCAUCACGCGUGAGCAAUGCCGGGAAGCCUUUGCGGAUCGAGCAAGCUCAGUUUUCAGCCAGGACAUGAUCUACGCAUGGUUCGACUUCUUCCGUUCCUGGUGCCUUUCCCGCGGCGUGCUGCGUCCCGACGUUGAGCAAUGGAAAGCUUUUGUUAAGGAGCCCAUAGAAAUAUAGUUUCUGUUGCUCUGUCUCUUUCUCUUGUACUGGUGUGGUUGUGGAGUAUCUCUCCUGUAUCCUCAGAGGCAUUAUGAAUUUGUGACCAAACUCAAGGAAAUAAGCACUCAAGAGGGUAUUACACUUACACCUGAGGUUAAGAGAAAUUCUACACCAGUGAAGGAAUGAUUACUGAAAAUCUAGCGCUAAUUUCUCGCGGCUUGAAGAAGAGCGCAUUGCAAGGGUCAAAGGCUGGGUCCAGAGCAAAGGGUCAGCGCGAUGAUGAAGAUCUAGGUAACAACAGACGUUGGAUGUAUCAAUGAAGAACCCUUGAUGCGAGACGACAUUUGUCGUGGACCAAUAGCUACUUGCUUCCGAAAAUUUGAAAGAUGGAUCAAAUACUAUUUCGAAUUGCAGCAUCGGCAAAUGAGAACGAGUAUAGCCUCCUCUGCUGAAGAAAUAACUGGAGACAGAGAAUUUUGAUGUACUGCGAAACCGUCUCUGUGGAAAACCUGAAAGAAGGGCGGCUCAUAUGAAACCAUGACUUUUCACGGUCACUGCGGACCUUGAGGAGGAGGUGGAUCUUUGUUUUUGGGCGCAGAAAGUCUCAGAACUCUCUUGUUUUCACAAAACGAUUGA